GUCCCUCCACUGCGCGCACGGGUGGGGAGCGCGGGGACCCGACGCCAGGCGCGCCGGGAGGACGGCCCGGAGCCCGCGGGCCGCGCAGACCCGGCGCCUCCCCCCGGCCAGCGGCCUCGGCAGCGGCGGGCUCCGCCCCGGCCGGCGUCUGCGCCGUCCCGGUCGCUCCCCGGCCCUCGCGCCCCCCGCCCCCAUGGAGCAGCUGCUGCGCGCCGAGCUGCGCACCGCGACCCUGCGGGCCUUCGGGAGCCCCGGGGCCGGCUGCAUCAGCGAGGGCCGCGCCUACGACACGGACGCGGGCCCGGUGUUCGUCAAGGUCAACCGCCGGACGCAGGCCCGGCAGAUGUUUGAGGGAGAGAUGGCGAGCCUGGAAGCCCUCCAGACCACAGGCCUGGUGCGAGUACCUCGGCCCAUCAAGGUGAUUGACCUGCCUGGAGGUGGGGCCGCCUUUGUGAUGGAGCAUCUGAAGAUGAGGAGCUUGAGCAGUCAGGCAUCAAAACUCGGAGACCAGAUGGCGGACCUGCACCUUCACAACCGGAAGCUCAGGGAUAAGUCGAAGGAGGAGGAGAACACAGUGGGCCGGAGGGCUGAGGGGGCCGAGCCCCGGUGUGUGACCAAGUUUGGCUUCCACACGGUGACGUGCUGUGGCUUCAUCCCUCAGGUGAAUGAGUGGCAGGAAGACUGGCCCACCUUCUUUGCCCGGUACCGUCUCCAAGCGCAGCUGGACCUCAUCGAGAAGGACUACGCCGACCGAGAGGCACGAGAGCUCUGGUCACAGCUACAGGUGAAGAUCCCAGAUCUGUUUUGUGGUCUAGAGAUCGUCCCUGCCCUUCUUCAUGGGGAUCUCUGGUCAGGAAAUGUGGCUGAGGACGACUCGGGGCCCAUUGUUUAUGACCCAGCUUCCUUCUAUGGACAUUCUGAGUUUGAACUGGCAAUUGCUUUGAUGUUUGGGGGGUUUCCCAGAUCCUUCUUCACUGCCUACCACCGGAAGAUCCCCAAGGCUCCAGGGUUCGACAAGCGACUGCUGCUGUACCAGCUCUUUAACUACCUAAACCACUGGAACCACUUUGGGCAGGGGUACAGGAGCCCAUCCCUGGGCACGAUGAGGAAGCUUCUCAAGUAGAAUCCAGCCUGCAUCCCUGCCUCCCUGCUUCACAAAGAAGUGGGGUGGCAGCACCAGAGAUGGCUUCAGGGAAUAAUAAAGUAGGGGGUUCAGGGAUGGAA